GCUUCUUCGAAAUUGACUGUAAUUCAAAUUCUCUACUCUAGCAAGCAACAUUCAGGCCAUGGCCAUGGAAGUGGAACAAUCACCGCUAGGCUUUCCCUACUGGAAACCUCUUCUUAGAAGAUUCGAUCCCGAUUCUCCUUUCUUCGCCUCUGGGAACAUCGAAAGGGAACUUCUCGCCAAACAGGUUGCCGUCGAUUUAACUGAAGAUGAAAAGCAUUACCUUCGGAAUUGGAUAGAUGAAGAUAUCAGUAGAGUUUCCUGUCCCAUUGCUGGUUGUGGUGCACAUCUGACCUCAUUGGAGGAUUUUGAAGAUCAUUAUAAUGCGCGGCAUACUGCAUCAUGUUCAGUGUGCUCUAGAGUCUACCCAACAUCACGACUUCUCAGCAUACACAUAUCUGAAGCACAUGACUCUUUCUUUCAGGCCAAAGUUGCACGAGGCUAUGCCAUGUAUGAAUGCCUGGUUGAAGGCUGCACUCUAAAGUUUAAAAACUACAAAAGUCGGCAUCAGCAUCUGGUGGACAAGCACAAGUUCCCCACCUCAUUUGAGUUUUUCAAAAAGGCUCAUGCAUCCAAAAAGCUGAGGCAGAAACAGCAACGUAAACAAGUUAUUCAUAAGAAGGCAGACACUUCAAACAUGGAAGUAGAAAGCGAAAUGAUUGAUGGUCUUGUUUCUGCUGUCUCCAAAUUAAGCACUUCAGAUUCAUCUCCUUCAUCCAUCAGUUUUGGCCGCCGCAAUACUCGUGGUUUAACUUUUGUCCCUCGGGCUGUUCAACGAGACAAGAGACCAGACUCAUCGUCAGCUGAAACAAAGACAUAGCAGCCAGAAAGCAUACAUACUAUUCCAUUAAUUUUGUAUCCAUUAGUGUCUUCUCCAAAUCAUCUCUGUUGACUGAUCUUGGGUCUGUAGUUCAUGAUAUUGUCCUCUGCUCUGUAGAAAUCUUCAGAUGAAGCAACUAAAGUAGAAAAGCUCGUUCUGGUAUCAGCAUUCUCAUUCCAUGCGCAUAAUAUCUGUAGGAUUAGCUGUGUAUGACCUUGUAAAACAGUUUUUAUGAGAAAUUGAACUUGUUAUACUUGAGUCAAAAAACAUGGCUGGUUUUUUUUUCUUUUCUGCCUUGCAAGUACAGCAUACUCGAAAGCAUAUUAGGUUGCUUUAAUUGUAUUAUGGCAUUUGAUUUAUUGAGACCGGAAUUCAUUUUGCCCUGACUAAA